AUGGAGUCGAAUGAUACCCCUCCCAGCAAACGCCGAUGCGUCGGCAAGGAUCGAGUUCGCGUCACGCGUGCAUGCGAUACUUGUAAAAAAAAGAAGCUGCGCUGCUCGGGCACCCUUCCUUGCUCGCUAUGCCAGCGGUCGGGGCAGCAAUGUAAAUACAAUGCUGGUUAUACCAGGGGCAAACUGCCACCAAUCCCGCUGCUGCACCAAUCCCAGGAGAAAGGAACUGGCCCGACCGAGCGGGUCGAAAUUCCACCGAGUGUGACUCCAGACAAACUGCGUCCUCCACCAGCCAUAGCCAACAUAGAAAGUGAAGGCCGUUUUUUGUUACCAGCGGAUGAAAAUGCAAAUGUUACAUCGUCUCGCAAUUCGCCUGAACCUCACCAAACCGACAUGGAAGGUCACUAUGUAGGCCCUUCCUCUGGAGUCUCGUUUUUGAUUCGUGUCCAGAAGAGACUGCACCAGAACGUCGCUUUCUCGCCGAACACGACUAUCUUCAGUUUUGGUGAUGCGCCACUGCCCAAAUAUGAUGCGUCCUUCCUAGUUCUUCCGACCAAAGAGGAAGCCAGGGCUUUGCUCAACCGGUAUUUCGACUUUGGGUUUCCUACACAUCGAUUCCUGCAUCAGCAGACGACCGAAGGUUGGCUUGAAGAAUUGUAUGGUGGCCUACAUGACACUCAAAGCGUUGCGCCUGGCGCAAGGGAGGUGAGGGCGUUACUUCUCAUGCUAUUUUUACAAGCAAAGCAGUAUCUGCCCAAGUCGGAGGAUGCGUUAGGAGCUUCAGUAAAUAGCGCGGUUUAUUUCGGUGCCUCGGAACACCAUCUGGCAGCUGAAACAGGACCUGUUCGCCUCACUAGUGUUCAAGCACGCCUGGCGCAGUGCUUUUAUCUACUAUCUCAGUCCCGAAUCAACCAUUGCUGGAGUCUUUUCGGAACCACCGCUCGGCUUGCUAUCGCCAUCGGCCUACACCGCAAACGACGCCGAGAACACGCGUUAGGUCUCGAUGACUUUGUGGAUCAAGAGUGCCGUAAAAGAGUAUUUUGGUGCGCGUAUAGCUUGGAUAAUUAUCUCAGUGCCGCCUUGGGCCGUCCUCGGAUAUUUCAUGAUAAUGAAAUAGACCAAGAACUACCCGCAAUCGCCAAUGAUUCACAGAUCAGAACCGACGCCAUUAUUCCAGCUACUUCGAACGCCCAGAGCAUUAUGCUCGCUCCUGUAUAUCAUGCAAAAUUGUCCAGGAUUAUCAGUGGCAUACUCCGUGAUCUAUACGGGAUCCAGAAAACCACUUUACAGACGCAAAUAUCCGCCGCCGCAAAGUACGGGGCCGAGUUGUCCCAAUGGCGAAAGAAGCUGUCCGCAUUUCUCGAUCUCCCAAGUAUAGAUAUGUUGAUCACUCUAUAUCAACGUCAGUACAAUGUGUUGAAUCUGGCCUUUUCACACGCUCAAAUUCUACUUUACCGGCCCUUCGUUCUCAAGAACUUUGCCGUACUGGCAAGUGCAACGAGCAAAAAGAACGAGCAGCUGCAUGGGACCAUCAAUGAAAAUGUCCAGAGCUGUUUAAGUGCCGCGAUGAAGAUAGUAGGCAUUGUCCGCGACCUCUGUGAGCAUGGCAAAAUGUACCAUGCCUUUUGGUUCACCCAUUACUAUGCAUUCUCAGCAAUUGUUGUACUAUAUGUUCAUGUUAUUCAGAGCCGGUCCCAAGCCGUCAACAUACAAGGAGAUUCUCUAUACUUCCAAGCCGGCGAGCAAGCACAAAAAGAUCUAGCAACAUGCGGAUCAACAUCAUCCUUUGCGCAGCGCUAUGUUAUGGUCCUCGAGGAGCUUCGAAAGGAGGCACAAGAAUCAAUCAGACGUAAGCAUCAUAAUGACGCGGAGCAUUACUCGACAGACCAGCCGCGCCUUGUAGGGAGCGAGAUCGCCAUGGCCGAGACGGGAAGGCCAAGCAACCCUGAAGAACAAGUUGACUAUCACAACUCCAGUGACAACGGGAUAAAGAAUGGCGUUCCUCAUAUUCCUGGCAGCAUGACAGACCCUCAAAUUGAUGGUUUAGAUUCAUCGGGGAUCCCGUUGGAAUCACAAGGCUGGAUGGACGGCCUGAUGGAGGAUACCAGUCCCGCGUCAUACAUUGCUGAUCUAACUAGCUGGGGAGAGUUCGAUUCGUUGGCCCUUACUGGCUUGGGGGAGCUAGGGUUUCUGUUUCCAACAGAGGGUUCUUCUGAUUUUGGACUGUGA